AUGAGAAAGAUAAGGAAUUAUAUAGAUAAAGAAGAUUUUAGUGGUAACAAACUUAAUGAAGGGAAAGAAAAAGAAAUGCUACAAUUUCAAUUACAAAAGCAUGUAUUGAAGAACAUCGAUGAUAAAGAUAAAAAACUUAAG